AUGGUGGAGGCCGCUUAAGAAGACAUCAUUUGAAAGCACCAGUCCGCCAUAUUCAUACUUGUAUCUUCUCAUGAGAUCUGCUUCGUCAUUCAGACUAGGACAUACACUACAGUAUCUUCGACAUCUUUGCCGCCUGCCGCAGCGCCUUUCUGUCCGAGCCAUGACAACAUUUAGGCUAGAAAAUUCGGAACCGCCAUGCAGCGUGAUACUUUGCGCCGGCCUAUCGAAAGAGGCUCUACUGAGCCAUAAGCCAUUUCAGCAGUGGCUAAACAGUCUGCAGACAAACCUCAAAACGCAAAAUAGUGAAAACCAUGCAUUCAACAAGGCGCCAUACGCCUUGAGAUCCAUCGAGAUUCAGGCCGUCGACAUGUUCGGCCACAACAGGAUUGGCUUCAUCAAGUUCAAAGCAAACGUCACCAAUGAUGAAGGGGAGUUCCUUCCAGGCGCUGUAUUCCUGCGCGGCGGAAGUGUUGCGAUGCUGGUUAUCCUUCAGCCGGAUGAUGUGCCAGAAGCAAGUGAUGAGGAGCAAUACACGAUAUUGACUAUACAGCCGCGUAUUGCAGCCGGCUCAUUAGCUUUUCCUGAAAUCCCGGCGGGCAUGCUGGACAAUGCCGGUACAUUCUCCGGAGGCGCAGCCAAGGAGCUGAGAGAGGAGACAGGCCUUGAGGUCCAUGAAGAUGAGUUGAUAGAUCUGACUGCUCUUGCGGCGGAUUUAUCACCUGGUCCUCCCGGCGAAGUUCUUCAAAAUGCCGUGUACCCUAGUCCCGGAGGCUGCGAUGAGUUCAUCCCUAUUUUCCUAUGCCGCAAGCGAAUCGCAAGAGAGAAGUUGCGGGAUUUCCAGGGCAAAUUGACAGGACUCAGGGACGAAGGCGAGAAAAUCACGUUGAAGAUUGUGAAGCUGAACGAGCUAUGGAAAGAAGGCUGUAGAGACGGGAAAACUUUGGCUGCUUAUGCUCUGUACUCAGGUUUGAAAGGCGAGGGAAAGAUAUGACGAAUUUUCUACGGAAUUGGCUGCUUUGUAUUAUAACAUUACUUGCAAUUCGCUCAACGGUCCUGAACGGCGCAUAUUUUGGGGGUCAAGAAGUGAGAGGUUAGACUAGACUUUGUGGCUCUUUGGUGGGAGAUUGGCUGCGAAUACAUUUGCUGCCGCUGCUUAUUCUGCAUGGCUAUUCGAUAUGAUAUUGGAAUUAAAUUUGUAAUCAGCGUAAGAGUAGAAAGACGACAAUUCUCAGG